UGAUUUACUAGAAAAACCAAUUCCUAUGUUACGACAUCUGUUUUUUGUUAUAUUUUUAUUUAUCUACGUAGACGCAAACUAUGUAAAUAAAACUAUGACAAAACCUGGACGUGUGAGGUUCUAUCCACGAAAUUCAGUAUUUCGAAAGUCGGACCUCAUUGACAGAGGUUGUUCUGUUUUCUUAAAGGAAUGUCCUGCAGCUUACAAGAGAAAUACAGUAUGCGCCCGACACUAUGAUGGUCAAUAUAAAACAUUUUCGAAUUAUUGCGUGCUUGAAUAUGAAAAUUGUAAUGCAUGGAGGCAAUGGAGUAUGGUGAAAAAUGAGAGGUGUUGAUUGCUAAUUAUAUUGUAUUAUUAUUGAAAA